GACAGUCUAUAAAAAACAAUGUGGUGACGUCAAGCCCCACGUGGCCUCAUCUUUGUCAGUGAACAAAAUGGCGUCCUACUGUCUGCUAGCUAGCCGGCUUCAGCAAGCCUUAGGCCAUGGAGCUCGGAGGUACCACAUUUCAGCCGUCCUGUGCCAGAGAGCCAAAGUUUCAAUGAGCCAGUUUGAGCCCAAUGAAUAUAUCAGCUAUGAAAAAGUGGAAAAAAAUAUUGACAUUGUUCGUAAACGUUUGGACCGUCCCCUCACGUUGUCGGAGAAGAUUGUAUAUGGUCAUCUUGAUGAUCCGGUAAAGCAAGACAUUGUGCGAGGCAAGACUUACCUUCGUCUACGCCCUGAUAGAGUUGCUAUGCAAGAUGCCACAGCCCAGAUGGCAAUGAUGCAAUUCAUUAGCAGUGGAUUGCCCAGAGUGUCAGUGCCUUCAACUAUCCAUUGUGACCAUUUGAUUGAGGCCCAGCUUGGUGGCGAUCAGGACCUUAAAAGAGCAAAGGAUAUAAACAAGGAAGUCUAUAAUUUCUUGGCAUCUGCUGCAGGGAAGUAUGGUGUUGGUUUUUGGAAACCCGGAUCGGGCAUCAUCCAUCAGAUCAUCUUGGAAAACUAUGCCUAUCCUGGCGUUCUCCUGAUUGGUACAGACUCUCAUACUCCAAAUGGAGGAGGCCUGGGGGGCAUCUGCAUCGGUGUCGGAGGUGCUGAUGCUGUGGAUGUCAUGGCUGGAAUUCCCUGGGAACUCAAAUGCCCUAAUGUCAUUGGUGUGAAACUAACUGGAAAGCUGUCUGGCUGGACUUCACCAAAAGAUGUUAUUCUAAAAGUAGCAGGCAUUCUCACAGUGAAAGGUGGCACAGGAGCCAUUGUAGAGUAUCAUGGUCCAGGUGUGGACUCUAUCUCCUGUACUGGUAUGGCCACCAUCUGCAACAUGGGAGCUGAGAUUGGAGCCACAACAUCAGUGUUCCCUUAUAACCAUCGCAUGAAAAAAUAUUUGGAAAAAACAGGCCGCUCAGGAGUUGCGUCUCUGGCAGACGAGUUCAAGAGUAGCUUGGUACCAGAUGAAGGGUGUGAAUAUGAUCAGCUGAUUGAACUUAACCUGGAUGAGCUGAAGCCACACAUCAAUGGACCUUUCACCCCUGACCUGGCAACACCUGUAUCUCAGGUGGGAACUGUUGCAGAACAGAAGGGCUGGCCUUUGGAUAUCAGAGUUGGUCUUAUUGGCAGUUGUACAAAUUCCAGUUAUGAAGAUAUGGGUCGUUCAGCAGCUGUAGCAAAGCAGGCUCUUGCACAUGGUCUAAAGUGUAAAUCCAAGUUUACAAUCACUCCAGGUUCUGAGCAAAUCCGAGCCACCAUUGAAAGAGACGGUUAUGCUGACAUUCUCCGUAAUGUUGGUGGUGUAGUGCUUGCAAAUGCUUGUGGACCCUGUAUUGGCCAAUGGGACAGGCAAGACAUUAAAAAGGGAGAGAAAAACACAAUUGUGACUUCAUACAACAGAAACUUCACUGGAAGGAAUGAUGCCAACCCUGAGACUCAUGCCUUUGUUACAUCCCCUGAGAUAGUCACCGCUUUGUCAAUUGCUGGAACCUUAAAGUUUGACCCAGAAAAGGACUAUCUUACUGGUGCUGAUGGAAAGAAGUUUAAGCUGGAGGCACCAGAUGCAGAUGAGCUGCCACAAUCUAACUUUGACCCUGGUCAAGACACUUACCAGUACCCACCAAAGGACGGAUGUGCUGAUCAGGUUGAUGUGAGUCCCACCAGCCAGCGCCUGCAGCUUUUGGAGCCUUUUGAUAAGUGGAAUGGAAAGGACUUGGAAAACAUGCAGAUCCUCAUAAAGGUGAAGGGCAAGUGCACAACCGAUCAUAUUUCAGCUGCUGGGCCAUGGCUGAAAUUUAGGGGUCAUCUGGACAAUAUUUCUAACAACCUGCUGAUUGGUGCCAUCAACCUUGAAAACAAUAAGGCAAAUUGUGUAAAGAAUUGUGUUACCCAGGAGUAUGGACCCAUUCCUGACACUGCUCGCUAUUACAAGGCAAAUGGAAUAAAUUGGGUGGUAAUCGGAGAUGAGAACUAUGGAGAGGGCUCUAGCAGAGAGCAUGCUGCCCUUGAACCACGACACUUAGGUGGCAGAGCCAUCAUUACAAAGAGCUUUGCAAGAAUUCACGAAACCAACCUAAAGAAACAGGGGCUUCUGCCUCUCACCUUUUCUGACCCAGCUGACUAUGAGAAGAUUCACCCCGAGGACAAGAUUACACUUGCCGGUUUAAAAGACCUGGCACCAGGGAAGCCUGUCAAAUGCAUUAUCACACAUCAGAAUGGUAGCCAGGAGACAAUCUACUUAAAUCAAACAUUCAAUGAAACGCAGAUUGAGUGGUUCCAGGCCGGCAGUGCUCUCAACCGCAUGAAAGAGCUUCAGAAAUAAGACAUCGGAUUCUGACAUUUUACAUAGACUGUCAUUCCCGGAAUGAUUAACACUUCUGAUGUAUUAAUCGCCUACAAACUGCAGCGCUAAAAACUACGUUCGUCCAUAAUUUUUACUACUCGAUUAAUUCUGUUCAGUCCUAACUUUUUUAUUUUUUCUGUAAGUCCCAGUUCCAUCUUGUCGGGUUUAUUUCUUAUAUUUAUUGCUGGAUUCAUGUCAGACUGAUCUUGCUACUGUGAUGCUCUGCAGUCUGUGAAGUGGUUACAAAGCACCAUGCUGUUCUAAUAAACAAAUAUAUUUUAUCUGACCACAGAAUUGUCAAAAUAAAAUUUCUGUGAUCUAGA